AAUCCAGUCCCCUCCUCAGGCUGAAAACCUACACAGCAGCACCUGGCGUCAGAGCUCUUGAUACAGUGGACUAGAUGGUAAAAUGACUGAAUAGAAGGACCACAGGACAGUCGAUCCGAAAACAAAAUCCUCAGGCACGACAGAUUGGUAUGUUCAACACAUGGCCGCAGUGUUUUCCUGUUAUGUUUUAUAUUGUUAGACUGUAAUAACUGAGGGAAUACUUCAAUAACACCAACUCGGCUCUAGAAACAGACACUAGGACUACAGAAACAACCUUGCACCAUGGGGAUCGCAGUCUACAACAUCUCAGCCACCGCGGCCCGAGUGAGCUGGCCGUCGCUGCCCAGCUGCCGGGACACCUUCUACAGCGUCAUGUAUGACCCAAACUGGAACAGCCUGCUGAUGGGCUACAAGCGCAAGAGUUUCAUGCACGAGGAACGCAUUCCCGUCAGUCAGACCACCACACACCUGGCCAACCUCAUACCCCAGACCGCCUACUUCUUGUGUGUGACGUGUCAGGCGGCCAAUCCGGUGCGGGACCAGUGCCAGGUAUUCAGCACUCUGAGUGACAGCAGCGAAGGUCACGACCGAGCUGGCUGGGAGCUCGCCAUGGGCGUCUGGCUGACCUGCUGCAUCUUGCUCCUGGUCAUCGCUGGCAUCCUAUUGUGGGGAUGUCUCCACACCAUCUGCUCUAUCCCCAGUCAGGCUGCAGAAAACUGCCAUGUGUUGACCAACUCAUCCCGCCAAGACCUGUCUGGGUCUGGACGCCUCUACACUCCCAGAAGAAGCAGUGAGGACAGCGCCAAACAUGCCAGCAUCAUGCAACCCCCCCUCCUCUCAGCGCAGACCAGUGGCCACAUAAUUACCCAGGACCAUGAACUGAGGGCGCUCGCUAAGCUAUCCGGCUCUGAGCCAGUAUGAAUCAACUGGAUUGAGGUCAUCACAGCAUUGUUCUGCCCGGACUGAAUUGUCACUGAGUAUUUUUAUCCGCUGAAAUCCUAUGGAGAAAAAACACCCGACUAAUUUGUG